GGAAGACAUUCCCGGCGGGGUCCAACCAGACUCUGUACGGAGACCUCACUGGCAACAUCUUGUCUGCGUGUUCGUGUUUCUGGGUCUUUCGAGAACAACAACCAUCAACCACUCGUUAUUGUUCUUGCAAAUGCCUAGUUGAGCGCAGCGGAACGGACCCAAUCUUUCCUGAUGGACAGUGUUUCGAUACCCAUAUCCCUCUAGUUCCGCUCUGCCUGGCCUCCUGCCUCCUCUUCUUAUUCUCGCCAUGCCACUUUAUCUCACGGCGGCCCACUCAUCGCGUGUCAGUAAGCCGGCACAGCGAUCCGUCAACAACAUCCGUCGCCAUUCCUCUUCGCCUUUUGCACAUGCCCCGCGCACAAAAUCAUCCAUCACAAGGACGAAAUCACUCUCAGACGCCCUUGAUGAUGCCAAGUGUAGCGAUAGCGCCGACGACGAUGAAGAAAAGCUGGCGUCGAAUGGCAAGAUUCUGUCCACAGUCUCAAUAGACUCGGCCAAGGAUGUCUUGUCUGCACUGCAAUACGCUCGCAACUCAAUGUUCGCAGCUAUUCCUGAGCGCGCAGGGAUGAACAGUGUCCGUAUCUCCGAAAUCCUGAACUUCCAGCGAAACAUGCCAGCCGUGGUGUCUCUACCACAUGUUCAUGCCAUCAUCUCCGCGUCGUCCAAAACAGAGCGUCAGAUUGCUACAUUGCAAGCUGUCGGCAAGGUGCGAAAGGUCAAGGUGACCGGGCGUGGCAAUGAUAUCAGCGGUACCAGUGAGGUAUUGAUCACGAUCAGUGACCUAGAAGUCUUGCUCCAGCGAAGUGAUGUUGCUCCAGAUGUCGUAGCAGACUUCUGCAAUGUGCUUCGUCGUCAGCCUCGAGCUACGUCCAUUUCUCCUCAUGAUCUGCCUCAAUCACAUGUGAUCGCCUUGACUCGAACAGGCUUCCUUGUGUCGACGUCUCUUUCUGGUUCUCGCAACCUAUCACUAGCCGGCUCUUCUCUGGUGGCCAUGCCGAAAAUCUCCCGCGCAGCAUCCGGCUCAUCGGGUGCUGUAGGAGGAGAUGCUGCAUUUGAAAAUCUAGGUGGUGUUGGCAAUGCAAGGCGUCCCAGUGGCACACCACAAGAUACUCAAGGAGCUGACUUUGCUCUGUCCGUACCCAACCUUGGUCCGUACCUAAGAUUACUGAACGCGGGUCGACAACACCUACUAGAACUGCUGGGCAAGUCCAAAUACAAAGAAGGGCCACUCUAUUUACUGAGAGAGCGCUGGGAUGGCGCAGUCGACUCUGACAAUCGCAUAUCCACCGCGAAACGACUGAGGGGAGAGUUUGCUGGGGUCAUGCCAGCAAAGACCAAGAAAUGGAAAGACCUGUAUGGUCUAAACUUUGAUUGGGUGCUUGAAGAGUGCCUUGGUGCAGGCUUGAUCGAACUAUUCGAGACUCGAAGUGUCGGGCUAGGUGUACGGGCGACGUGAUCUUGCUCAUGGUGUUUGUUCUCCCCAGAACCUCUUGUGGCUGCUGCCAUGAGGGUCAUGCCGUGCCCACCCGCAUUUGGCUCUGACAUCAAGCACUGCGUUCACGUCGUUCAGUCUGAGACCAAAAUCAACGACCAGCCUACGGGCAUGCACCUCUGCAAUGUUGGCAAACAAUCAAACAGUGCAUCGACCUGGACUGAGGGACUUAUUUGCCACACGCCGAGGAGUGAGCAACGACAAUAUGGCUAGCACACAAGUUCUGUACUGAGGCUACUAUCAAAAAAAAGUGACCGAGGACUGUCAGCCGCCUCUUUCGCCAAAACGGUGGCUAGUGAGGUCUUCGUGCAAGAUCUACGGCCAGUCCAGGUUGCAACGCCGCGUUCAACCUACCACGGGAUUACUCCUGAUGCCGUCCGAAGCAAGCUACA